AUGGCAGAUGGUCACUGUUUCCAUACAAGCUUGACUAUAUGUAUUAUAGUGGGAUUAGCAGAUGUUGUAGGAGGAAUUGUCGUAAUAACUAUACGCCCCAUUUCCACAGGUGUUCUUCUAGUGAUAUUCGGAUUGUUUAUACUUGUAUUGUGUAUUUUACUUUGGAUAAGGAGACAUAGGCAGAACAAACGAGCAAAGCUACAGUCUAAUCUUGCACAAUUGACUGAUUCGGGCAACACGAUUGCUAACGCAACUGAACCACGACAAUACACGUAUGAGUCUGUCACUAAAGCAACAGAAACAGCUAUGAAAAUUCUUUCUGAAAGUUCAAAUAAAGACACUGGACUGACCAACAUAGGAUUCUCAACCGAUGAGGCACAGCAUCUUUCCUCGCCUCCGCAUUCUGGUACCCUGUCUACGUCUGAAAAAACGACUAAAUAUAAACCAAUGAAUACAUCAAUCAUACAUAUCGCCGCUGAAGAUGCUUGACUGACUUACAACGGAUUCUCAACUCAUAAGAUCCUCCAUUUACUCCAUCUACCGAUUCACCUGCCCCAGACCCAUGCAAAAAGUUUGCGUCAUCCCAGAGAAAUUGUUCUAUCCCUAUGUCAGAGUGUCAUCCUUCAAACAGACGAUGCUGUGGCUGUCCCUUUAUGUUUAUGGACCCAACUUCAAAGUGUCAAUAUGCUGAAGCUGAUAGCACUAGGGUGUCUCUUAGCAUUUGGUUUGGUGGUAUAUGGCCAGAAGAUAGUAUUGGAAUGUGGUGUGGAUAUUGUCGUUAUUUUGGAUAUAUCCUGCAGAAUCACUCCGCCAAACAAAGACAUCUUGCGUGAGUUUAUGGUUAACUUUGCAAAUUCCUUGGAUAUUGGACCUUCAGAUGAGAAAGUGCAAAUGGGCCUUAUAACAUUUGAUAGAUUUGUCUAUGACGAAUUCUUCUUAAAUACGUACAAUUCGUCGAGUGAAAUAGUGAAUCACAUAGAAAGAAUGGAUAUUCACCCCUUCAAUGACAAGAGGUCGAGAUGUGGUGGUUCAAGAACAGAUUUAGCUCUCGUAUCAGCUAAAACAUUGCAUCUCACAGUUGCUAAGGGUCUUCGUAUUAGGGAUUGGGAUUGGGAUUUUGGAAUAAUUUUUCAUCAAAUGCAAAAGAUCGUACUGAUUAUAACUGCUGGUCCAACGUUUCCUCCAUCUAAAGUCAAGAAUACCAUAAGAUACUCAAAGGAGCUCAAACACGAUAUAGGACCUAAGAUAUUCGUGGUUAGCUUAUCAGACGUAUUCACUGAGAGACAUAGCUGGUCAAUGGUUGAAUAUAGUGCCAUCGCCAGUCAGCCUUCGCAGGAGUUUGUUAUCAAUAUCGACGGUUUCCACAAUUUGCUUGUUUCCUUGGAAGAAAUCGUGGGCGAUUUUUGUGAUCCUCCAUUUACUCCAUCUACCGAUUCACCUGCCCCAGACCCCUGCGAGAAGUUUGCCUCAUUCAAGAAAAGUUGUUCUAUCCCUAUGUCAGCGUGUCAUCCUUCAAACAGACGAUGCUGCGGCUGUCCAUUUAUGUUUAUUGACCCAACUUCAAAGUCUGUGAAAACACCAUUUGAGUUGGCUUACAAAGAAGGCAAAUGUUUAUGUGAGGA